ACCUCUCCAUUCUUCUCCAAACUCCCACAAACACACAGAGAAAGAGAAAGAAAGCUGUGACCUUUGUGAAGAUUAGAGCUCCAAACUCCAUUGCCGAGCAUCAAAGCUUCAACCUUUAUCCUUCUCCUGAGAAGGUGGCUGAUGGGUCUGAGCACUUCUCUUUUCCUCUCCUCUUUGCGUGGCUCUGAGAUCAAGAACACUAGCUUUUUCCGCCACAAGCUCUGAAGAAGAUCAUGGUCUUUUGAGCUUAAUCUUUGGAAUUGAAUUUUGGGUGUGUGUGUGUGUGUUUUUUUUUUUCAAAGGAAAACAUGAUGUUUUUAGGUGAUAAACGAGGAGAGAUUUCAUGGUCUUUGAUGAAGAAUCAAGGGAUUUCUCCUCAUCCUUUUGAGACUUUGCUUGGUUCUGUCUUUCAUGAAUCAAGAAGACCCAUUGUGAACUUUGAAGAUGUUGUUUGUGCAAACACAACAGAAGGGGCAAUGCAUAGAUCACCAUUUGAGUUAGAAGAAACCAUUGAUGAAGAUAUGGAUGAUAGUCUUCACCAUCCAGAGAAAAAAAGGCGGCUUUCGACCGAUCAAGUUCAGUUUCUUGAGAAGAGUUUCGAGGUUGAUAACAAGCUCGAACCGGAUCGAAAAAUUCAACUAGCAAAUGAGCUCGGUCUGCAACCCCGGCAAGUCGCCGUCUGGUUUCAGAAUCGCCGAGCUCGUUGGAAAACCAAACAGCUGGAGAAGGACUUGAGAACACUCAAAUCUAGCUACAAUUCACUCAAGCUUGAUUAUGACAAUCUUCUCAAAGAAAAUCAGAAACUCAAUGCAGAGGUGAUUUCACUGACUGAUAAACUGCUCUUGAAAAAGAUUGGUGAAAAAACAAAACCUGAAACUAAGGCCAGUAAUCAAUUGCAAAAUGUAAACUUUUUCUUAGCUUCUGUGCCAUCUUGUAAGCAGGAAGAUCUUAGUUCUACUAAUACUGUUAUAUUCGACAAAGAUAGCGAAGCCGGAGCUCGAACUCCUCUGUUUGAGCUUACCGACUCCUCGAACGCAUUCGAACCGGAGAAUUCUGAUCUAUCCUAUGUCGAAGAGGACGAGAAAGUUAAGCAAUACAGUUGUAUGAAACUCGAAGAUAGUUCUGGGAAUUAUGAUUAUGCAUUGGAGGAUCAAGGCUUAUGGUUAUGGUCUUAGUAAAAUUCCACAUUUUCUUGCCUUAAUGUGUUCUCUAUCUCUCAUAUGUCCAUCCAUCAAUCCUUCCACUUCUUUGUUUACUUCUUUCACUUGUGUAUCUGAAAUAAGAAUCAGAAAAAGGUUCGAAUAUUCUUGUGAUUUUCACCAAGACAUAUUUUGUUAUGAAGUCUGAUAUUUUAACCGCUUGUUAUUA